UUCAGGAAGUGCCUGAUCCAGCACUUCACCGGAGCGGGGACCGUCCAGGACUGCAACCUGAACCAGACCUCGGAGCGGCCCGGGAUCACAGCCGAGUGCCUCACGGGGGAAAUGUCGGCCAUCGCGGCCCGGAUCCCCGUGGGCGCGGCGUCCAGAUCUGAGGACUCGCAGACCGAGUGCGGCUCGUUCGCUCAGCUUCCCAUCCCGGAGAACAAAGUGUGUCCGCUGUAGCCCCGCCCCCGACCUGCAGACUCCCCUUCAGGGAACAGGACCGUUUAUUUCAGCAGCUCUGGAAGGUUAAUGUUGUAGGUGUUUGCUCCCAACCUUAGAAACUUCUUCAGGUCAUGUGAUCGCUCUCAGUGGAACGCACUGAAAAACAACCCGACCCUCGACUGGCCCCGACUGGC